AUGCGUGUUGUUUAUGCUAUCCCUGAACAUAGGGAAUUCAUGCACACUGGAUCGCCCUCUGAACCUAUACUGGCAGAGGCUGCAGGGAGGCACCUGAAUUACCCUUAUGAUCGUGGUGGAAUAGAACGGCAAGGUCCAGAAAUUCUAGCUAAGGCUUGCGAAAAGGGACUGCUUGCAAAGGGAGAACGUGGGGAACUCUGUGGCCGACUUCUUGUGACCAUUGCACAUGAUAUUGCCUUGAAACAUCGUCACUCUCUGUCGGAAGCAGUUGAUGGACAUCCUCACAACCCAUAUUUCCAUCGACCUGUCCAUGUCCUCGACUUUCUCUGCGCACUGUUUACAGAAGACUUCCAUGAUGUGAUAUUGAAUGCCCACUCAGUGACAGCCAAGGAGGAUCUGCCUACCUUAGGAACGGCAUUUGCGACGUCUUAUAUCUUUUUUUCCCAUUUCGCUCUGGCCGAAGAUACUCGAAUGCUGUCUGCCUCAAACCUGGCAAUAGCUCUGCUGCGUGGCAUGGCUCUCCAAGCCAAAGACAAUCAGAAGUCGAUUGAUGCUGUUAUUCCUGUUCAUAUGGGUCCGCCAGACAUGUCUAUCUCACCAAAAUCAACAUCAGCGAUCAACUUGCAGUUCAAAAAUCGC